AUGUCGUACUUUGGCGCGCUUCAGUCCGCCCUCUUCUACUUCCUAGCCUGCACGCCAUGUUACAAUCUAGCUCACGUGUACAAGACGCGAAAGGAGGCGAAAAGGGAGCGGGAGAUCAAGGCCCGUCUGGUCACCGAACAACCGCAUCUGUAUCGACACCCCGAUCCGUUCCAUACGAACCCGUACUGGGAAGAAGAGAUUCGUCUGGGUCCCCAUCCGCCAACUAAGAAGAGGAAAGGGUCAGAUGGAUUCGGAAGCAAACGAAGUCUCAGCCAAAGGAGGCUGACCGUUGCCAGCCGUGAUGGCCGGCCUAGUACCGGCGCCGGGAGUAGCGUCCUGGUUAGCAUGACUGAGCUCAACAGCCCGCGACCUUCUACGAGCCCGACUCUCACCCCCGGCCUGUCGAGUUCCCCAACCGUCGUACAAGACGAUGGGCCCGCUAGCCCAACCCUCAGCAAAACUGCCUCGAUAGCCACCACCACAACAGACAUGUACACCCGCCGAUACCAGCGCGAAGACGAAGAACUCUGGGGCCACGAGUCCUCCUCCACAUCCUGGUCUGCCCCGGGGCACCGCCUCAUGGACGCCAUCAAACACGCGGGCAGCACAGCGGGAAGAUACAUGGAGUCUAAGCUUGGCGGCGGCUCAUCAUCGCCCCGCUCUUCCAAGGCAGUGACCGAUGAGGAUAGAUACAACUUCUACUUCGCCCCGCGCAACCCGCCCGUCAACGAAUACCAUCCCCCCGUGGUCAGCUCGCGCCCCAUGCGCAAGGAUGAGCUGAAAUGGAUGUUGCAGCCGCCGCCGCCGGCGAAGUUCAUGGAUGGGAAGGUGCCCGUGAGUCGGAGCGCAAGUACCAUGAGUGUGGCGUCUUCGGUUGCGACGAGGAGGACGCUCAACGGGCAGGGGAGCGUGAGGGAACCAAACAGGUCGAUGGGGUCGUUGAAUCGGGUUGCGAGUGAGAAGGGACGGGUGAGGAGUGCGAGUACGGGGGAGAAAUCCUCGGUUGGGAAUAGUGAAGUUGGGGAGAAUGCCACUGGUGCUGCGAAGGAGAAGGAUCUGAGGUCGGUGUCGACACCCUCGCCUACAAAGAGCAGGAGUAGCAACAGCAACAGGAGUUCUAUGAGGAGGAGAAGGAGGGCAGGGACGGCUGGGUCGGGUUCGAUCAGGUCACCUUCGAUGAGGUGCCAAAGAAGAAGAAGGAGGGAGACGGUUACCAGCAGGAGUAGCAGUGAUGCUGACUCGGAAAGCGAUCCAAAUUCUGACAGUGAAGAUUCUGGGUCCGAAACGAAUAACACUAGCUGUAAUGCUAGCAGCAUUGGAAGGGGGGACUCGAAGGGGAAAGCAUCUGUUACUGCCGCGAGGAAGGCGAGGUUAUCGACUAUCAAGAGCUCAGAAGGGCAAGGGGAGAAGGUUACGCUGGAGGGUAAGGAUAAGCACAAGGCGCAGGAGAACCCCUUUGAAAAGGCGGAGGUUGAGGCUAAGAGGGCUGAAGAGGUGAGGUGA